CCUGUAUCUGCUGAGGAAGAGGAAAGAGAGGGGCAGUAAGAAAACUGGGGAUGAGGCGUUGGAAACCUUGGAGGCAAAGCUGAGAGACAAAGCACAGACUCUGGGCUUUUCUCUGGAGCAGAAGACCAAAGACAUGAAGCAGAGAGACAAGAAGGUCGUAACAAAGACAUUCCACGGCGCGGGCAUUGUUGUACCUGUAGACAAGAAUGAUGUUGGAUACAGGGAACUUCCAGAAACAGAUGCUGGUCUCAAGAAAAUUUGUAAAGCCAUUGUUGAAGCACGGACUGAUGAAGAACGCGUCAAAGCUUUUGGACCGAUCCAGGAAAUGAUAACAUUUGUUCAGUUUGCUAAUGAUGAGUGCGAUUAUGGCAUGGGUUAUGAACUGGGAAUAGACCUCUUCUGUUAUGGAUCUCAUUACUUCCACAAGGUUAUCAAGCAACUUUUGCCCAUGGCUUACAACUUACUGAAAAGGAACUUGUUUGGAGAAAUUUUGGAGACCCAUCUGUCAAGUCGUAUCCAUGACAACAUAGACCAACUCUCUCCACAUUAAAACAAAAAAAAAUUAUUCAGAAGUACAUUUCUGUUCUGGCUCUUUAUAAGCUUUCCCACCAUGUGUUCUUGUCUUCUGUUGUUUGUCAUUGCUGAUAUUUUUGGUGGAUUUGUGCUGCUGUCACUAACUGGAAACAGUUUAGUGAUGUCUUGUUUGUAAAAGGUAGCUGUUCAAUAAAGCUUUUUUUAAAUAUA